GGUGUGUUGGAGGGGGUUCGCCACGCCCGCAGGAAGCUCUGCAACAACAUCAUGGCCGCGCAGCUCAAGAUCGGCAUCAUCGGAGGGUCCGGACUUGACGAUCCGGACAUCCUGGAAGGAAGGGUAGAGAAGUACGUGGACACUCCGUACGGAAAGCCUUCCGACGCACUCAUUGUGGGGAAGAUAAAGAAUGUCGAAUGCGUCCUUCUUGCAAGGCACGGCCGGCAGCACACGAUAAUGCCGUCGAACGUCAACUACCGGGCCAACAUCUGGGCGCUGAAGGAGGAGGGCUGCACACACCUGCUGGUCACCACGGCCUGCGGGUCCCUGCGGGAGGACAUCCAGCCUGGCGACAUCGUCCUGGUGGACCAAUUCAUCGACAGGACCACAAAGAGGCAUCAGACCUUCUAUGACGGCGGCCCCAGCAGCCCACCCGGGGUGUGCCACAUCCCGAUGGCCGAGCCCUUCUGUGGCAAAACCAGAGAGGUGCUCCUGGAGGUGGCCCGCGGCCUGGGAGUGAAGUGCCACAACCGAGCCACCAUGCUGACCAUUGAGGGUCCACGCUUCUCCACCAGGGCCGAGAGCCUGCUGUUCCGGCAGUGGGGGGCGGACGUCAUCAACAUGACCACUGUCCCAGAGGUGGUCCUCGCCAAGGAGGCGGGGCUGUGCUACGCCAGCAUCGCCAUGGCGACGGAUUAUGACUGCUGGAAGGAGCACGAAGAGGCGGUUUGCGUUGACAACGUGCUGAAGACGAUGAAGGAGAACGCAAAUAAGGCCAGCAGCAUCCUGCUUACCGCCAUCCCCCAGAUUGGCAAGAUGGACUGGUCUGAGACCAUAAAAAACCUGAAAUUUACAGCUCAGUCCUCCGUGAUGCUUCCCAAGCACUGAAGACCACGAGGAUUUCCUCCAAACGCCUUCCCAGCAACCAGCGGACCAGCGCAAACGCCCCGCACCACUCCUGCCAUUUGUUUAGCGAUUUAAAACGCCACACCCUGCUUUUCUUUGCUCGACCCAGUUGCCUCCCACCUCUCUGUUGGAGGCCCAUACCUUCAUGUACAAUCCCAGCACGUCUGAGUGUCCUCUGAGUCUCCUUAGUUUUGGUCAAGUUUAAACUGUAUGUGCUGUUGCGUUAUCUCUGUUGUCACCUGAUUGGGUCUGUAAUUAAAAAAAAGAAAAAAAAUUACAUGAUCUGUACUGUGAAAAUCAUCCCACCGGAAAUAAGAACAAACUUGCCGCGUGGUGAUCGUCGCACAAGUACUUUUUCUGCAGUGAACUUUUGCUGUGUUUUGUUGCUCUUGGCAUGUUUUUAAACUGAGUGGCCUUUUGCGACUAAUUUACCUCAUAUUCACCAUUUAAAAAAAAAAAAAAAAAAAAAAAAAAACUAUGCAGACGGUGAGAAACUAAGGUUUACAUUUUUUCCAUUUAUUCGGAAUGUGUUCGUGUCCAGUUCAGCCAGUCUGUGAUAAGUGUUUCCGACACGAGGGCUUCGUUUCCUUUCAAAUUCAGACUGUAACCACUCUAUGAGAUCAGUUUUGAUUCAGUAUUUUUUAUUCUUUUGCACCUGGAUUUUUUGUUACUACCUUUUUUUAAUUCUCAGUAUUUUUUUUUUCCAUUUUCUAAUAAGUGGUGAUUGUUGUCAGUGUUGGGGGGAAGUUUACGGCUUUCAUUCCAAGGAAAGGUGUUAUAGUUGGAUAGCGCUUCUUGUUCCAAAUACAAACAGAUCAUCUGUGGCGACUGAAUAAAAUGUUUCCAGUUUUAUUUCUAAUGAAGUGAGCAGCGUCAUCAUCCCGGCGAACAACUCAUCUCUUGGGUUUGUCGUUUGUGCAUUCGUGAGUUUUUCUUCAAACCGAAUGGCUGCUAAAUUCCUGUGAACGUCUACGUUAAUUUCUUAAAAAAGAACUUACUCACCUCCAGCUCUGGUACCCUUGAUCGAGGUACCUUACUUUAAAUAGCUGCAGUAAAAUUACCCAGCUGUGUAAAUGGGUAAAAAACUAUGUAGCUUUGUGUUAUGAGUUGCUUUGCAGAAAAGCAGCAGCUAAAUGAAUAAAUGUAAAUAUAUGUGUGGAACUCCACCAUCAGAAUGCCGGCCUUCAGGCCACGUCAGCAUGUAAAAGAGAAUUCGGUUACCGGUUGUGUCAUGUAAAUUAUACCAGGAAGCCCAGUUUAUGAGCCACUGAGCUCCAAUUAAUGGUAUUACAUUUUCCGAUUUUAUUGUGGACUAUCCUGAGCGCAUGUGUUCCAAUCUGUCUUUAAGCACGUAAAUACGAGCGUUGUGUCCUCCGUACCGCCUCCUGCAUGACUUAACUGAAGAAUCCGGUUCAGGUGGUUUUGCAGUAUGUUACCUAUGAUUGAGCCAAACUAUGAAGUCUUUUCGUUUUUGUCUUUUCCGGGCGAUUCAUGUUGAUACUGAACGCAUUCCAUACUGACGGUUCACCCCGGCUCAGCUACUUUGACAUAUUUGUGCGUGAAAACGGUGCGUUUACGAACAUAUCGUACGAAUUUAUUACAUUUCAACUCGGUUCCGGUGCUGUACUGUCACCUCAUUGGUUGGCAAAUUCUCAGUGUUUUUCGGUUUUUUUGGUCAGUUUUUCUUUUUUUUUUUUUUUUUUAAACAAUUGCAUUUUCUGUCAGAUUCAUGAUUAUCGCUGUAUUGCAUGAAAUGAUUGUAACUUCAGCAGGCAGUGUGGGUUUGGUUUCCAUGGCAAUGAGUCACAGUUUUCUCUGUGGAAUGUACCAUUCUGGAAAGCCAUCCGAAAGUUAUUAGUCGGCAAUCUGCUGGUCUGGAACCCGGAGAUAAGGCCGAAAAGGUGGGCGUUGCACGCCAGGCUCAUCGUGUUUACCCUCAACAAAGGACACGGUUUACUGCACUUCCUUACCAACAGCGGAGGUCAGUAGUGAGCCCUUCGUUUCAUGUUGCAGCAUCUGAGAGGUGACGUGUAAAGCAAAAUAAAUAAAUAAAUAGCAAACGAGGA